UUCGCGGGCCACAAUCAUCCACAAUUAUCGGAAGUGGUUCAUCGUUUUUAAAGUUCGUGCCCUACUACCAUUGUUAUCGACAGUGCAUCGGUGUGAAUAACGUAUACCUACCUUAUUUUCAAAAAUUCACCCCAAAGGACUUACUUUGUGAUAAAUAGUGAUAAAACGCGAGAAAAGUACCAUUCGUCGACAGUGGCGCUUCUUGAAAAGUACAUGAAGAGAAUAAUUAAAGACUGGGCGUUAUUUUUAUACUGUUAAGGUCUUCUGACCCUUCCGAAAAUUCCGAACCAUGAAGUUAGUGGCGAUGCUAGCACUAUUGUGCUGCUUAACAAUCAGCGUUUUGGCAUCGCCAGUCCCUGAAAAAGUUGAAAGUAAAGUCAUUGCUGAGUCGGCGAAGGAGACCGGAAGGCAAGUUGCACCGGUUUCACCAGCGGUCCCAUCUUCUGAUGAAGAUGAUGACGAUGAUGACGAUGACGACGUCGACCUUGACAUCACAAGUGACGACGACGAUGACGAAGAAGAAGAUGAUGAUGAUGAUGAUGACGGAGCUGAUUAUAUAGAAAGAUUCAUUGAAGAUAUUCUCGGAGGUGAAGAUGACGACGACGAUGAUGAUGACAAUGCAGUCGAAGCGCCAGUCGUCCCAGCAUCCCCCGUAGUUCAGCAGGCCGCCCCCGCCCCUGCAAUUCCAGCAUCAGUCCAAGCUGAUCUGAAUGCAGUGACUGUAGAGGAAUCUGCAGAUGAAGCUUCAUCCGAAGCAGCAAGUGAAGCUGACACAAGCACUUACGAUGAAGAAACGGCUGAUGUUGUGCCAGAGGGUCAGGCUGCUGCUACAAUUCAGGAGGCUUCCGUCGAAGGUGCUGAUUCCAUAGCAAGCCCGAUUGCUCUCAAUCAAGUCCCUGCUGCAGCGGCGCCUGCAGCAUCGGCUGAGGAUGACGACGACGAUGACGAUGAUGACGAUGACGUCGACCUUGAUAUUACUGAAGACGAUGACGAUGACGACGAUGAGGAGGAAGAUGACGACGAUGAUGACGAUGAUGAUGACGUCGUCGGUGACAUUGCGGACGCGCGGAAAGCACGUGAGUUCAAGGGCAAGACCAAGAAACACACUAACUUGCGUAAGCAGACGCGAAAAUCGGCCACACACUCCUCGAGGAUGUUGGAUGCUCAGCCCAGUGGUGACGUAUCAGCAAUUUACGUGUCGAAGUACAACCGUUUCGUAGAUAACAUUUUGGGCCGUAUAAAUAAAAUUCUACGUGCCAAUUACGAUCCCGUCACCGUAAAGUUGACCAACCCUAAUUCCAGUACCAAGUCUAACAAGAACAAAUCUAAGAAGAAUAAGAAGAAGACUUUAAAAAGAAAGUCAAACAAGAAAGGAACUAGGAAAAGUGCCCCGAAAUCUGCAACUACAAUUUCAGACAACGAUGUUGGCGAAUUUCGACUUUCCACACUCUCCAAGAAAAUGGAAGAAGAAUUGGAGGGUUAUACUUCACCAGACGCAACCACCACACCUAUGAUGCAAACGGCCGCUCAAUCCGCCAAUGAGGCAAAUAAGCGAUUGCCUGAAAUUACAACCAUUCGUUCCGUUCUAAUGAGUCGAGGUGUCCCAAGUCCUACUUCUGGAAACAAGAAAAAAAAUAAGACUAAAAAUAAAAACAGAACGAAAAUUGGUACAAUGCCGACGAGCAAACCCACCCCGUCUAUUAACAAUAACAAAAACAAAGCAAAGAAAAACAAGCCAAAAGCAAAAGCCACACUGUACGGUUUGGCAUCCCUCCAAAGAUCAGGUGAUGUAUCCGUAAACAUGAUGAGUGAUCACACAACUAUUAAGACCAAAUUUAGUUUAGGACCACUUAUGCUAAAAGUAGAGAAAGAAUUUGGCAGAGCAGCUAAAAAGGAACUUAGAAGUGCCACAGCCACGACUGCUGAGAUGUCUGGAAAAUUAAGUCUUCGUGUUCUCCAUGGCGGAGCAGCUACAUUGCACUCUAUUCGUGUUCUCCAACCAAAACAGGUUCGUGUUGAGAGUGCAGAUGAUCACGACAGAACUCGGGAAUUCGUAUGGAAAAGAUCAUCUCAUAUCGCCCAUUUGGUGUCACAAAAACUUUCUUCUGCAACCAGGUCGAUGCUUCGACCGCCACCUGUGCCAGUUCCCACCGUCUGAUUUCCCCUUUUUCUUAACAACGAGUAGAUCGCACAUCGACAUUUUCGAAAACUGACGCGUGCAGCAAGACAUACACAGAGAACCUUUUACUGGGGUUUAUUUUGCCAUUGUCCCACGAAAAAAAUAACUUUUUGCAAUUAAGAUACAAGAAAAUGUGAGCGGGAGAAAUAGCUGUCUUAAUUUUUUUUGUCUGAGACGUAUUGUUAUAAAUCUUUGUCACAAUUAAAAAUAAUGUACAACUGAUUACUAAAAUUAGUAAGAAAAAUUUUUUCUAAAGAUAUAAUAUGUGAUUAUAAUCGGCGAUCAGUCAUUCAACAGUUUUUAAAUGCAACUUUAAAUUUUUUUCGUGCACAUUUGAUCUUAAUUUAUAAAACUAUCUAAAGAGAGAAAUGAAUUGUCAAGCGCUUUCUAUAAGGAGAACAAAUCUCGAAAGAUAGUUUUAUUUUUCGUAUAUAUUUACAUAUAUUUAUUAUUUAUUUACUAAAGGUAUUUAUUUGACUAUAAGGCUGAUAAUAGGUACUUAUUAGUAUUACUACAAAGAGAAAAGACUUUCAUUGACUGAAUGCAUUUUUUACCAAUGAAAUUUUAUUGACUUACUUAAUGCUUACUUAAACUUAAACUUAAACUUACUUAAAGUGCAACAAAGUGAAAAGGAUGGCAUUCCCUUAAAGAUAAUUAGGUAAAUUUAGUGAGAAAAUUUAAUUAAUAAAAGUAAAUAAAGUCAUUGGUAGAGAAGGCAUUGGAAUUAUUUAAUAUUUUCUCAUAGUAGCAUUACGGUACAUUCGGGUAUAUAGAUACUAAUUAUCACAUUGUGAUAGAUAAUAAGAAACAUUAAUUAUAUUUUACUUUGUAAAUAACUAAUAGUCAAACAGAA